AUGGGACAAAAAGGCAGUAAAAUAGAGGUUACCAAAGCUGAUAAGGCUGUUCUCCAACUAAAGAUAUCUAAAGAUGAUCUACAUAGAUAUACGAGGCGUACGGAGUUGCUGAUAAACAACGAAAGACAGCAGCUGAGACAUCUUUUGAAAGAGGAUCCCAAAAACGGUAAAAAGAAUCCUAGGGUAAGAUUGAUACUGAAAAGAAUCCACUAUCAAAGUCAUCUUUUAGACCAAGCUGCUGACCAGCUGAUAAAUUUGGAGAAUAUGGUUGCAACAGUAGAGUUCAAGCUCAUUGAACAGCAGUUCAUUGCUGGCCUUAAACAGGGUAAUGAUGUUCUAACCAAGUUAAAUAAGGAAUUCGCAGGCGCAGAAGACCUCCUUGAUGACGUUCAAGAACAAAUCGCAUAUCAAGAAGAGAUAGAUCAAAUUCUCUCCACUAGCGUGGUUGGGGGGUUCGAGGAUGAAUUAGAUAGAGAGUUGCAACAAUUAGAUCAAGAGGUGAAUGGGUCGCAGAACCUUCCAGAGCUUCCAUCCACAGAAGGACUUCCGGCGAUACAAGAUUCGAAACAGGGAAGCGAGAGUGUCAAGCAAGGAGAAAUUGGCGAAGAAGCGAAACAGGAAAAGGCCGAAGAAGAGGAACGUCGCACAGAGCCCCUUUUGGCUUAA